UUUCUUAAGAAGAAAAGAGUGAAGAGGAAAAAAAAAAAUACAAAAAGCUACUAAGAGAAUUGGGGCUAAUUGUAGGGUCUUGAGCCAAUCAGCCUAUCAGAAAGGGUCUAAAGUGUGUGCCCAAGUCUGGAAAGAAGAGAGAAAAAAAAUAAAACCCGUCUUUUUGCCUUUGACAUCCAUCCCCUCCAAAGCCCUGGUCCAGCUCUACUUUUUUUUCUCUCUGCCCCCUCCUCUGGAUCUUCUUCACUCUUCAAAAUCUCCCCUCCCUCUACAAUAAAGUCCGCCAACUUCAAGUUUGGUCUCGGACAUCCAGCUUUGCCUAUUGCGCAUAUUGCUUUCUCUUCUACUUAACAACUACUCACCUUCACUUCGGUCAAUCCUUCAAAAUGGCGGACGAGUUCGAGAUCGACAACCAGGGUGACGCCGGUGCGUCCAACACCUUCCCUAUGCAAUGUUCGGCCCUCCGAAAGAACGGUGCCGUCGUCAUCAAGGGCCGUCCUUGCAAGAUCGUCGACAUGUCUACCUCCAAGACCGGAAAGCACGGUCACGCCAAGGUCCAUCUUGUUGGUAUUGACAUCUUCACCGGCAAGAAGCUUGAAGAACUUUGCCCCUCCACCCACAACAUGGAGGUCCCCGUCGUCAAGACCAAGCAGUACAACUUCUCCCACAUCGAGGAUGGUUUCCUUGUCCUUCACGACAUGAACACCUCUGAGGAGCGCAGCGACAUCAAGCUUCCCGAGGGUGACAUCGGCAACAAGAUCGAGGCUGCUGAUGAUGCCCAGACCCCUCUUAUCGUCACGAUUCAGUCCGCUAUGGGUGAAGAGGCCGCUAUCAAGGCCGACGAGCCCAGCCAGAAGGACUAAGUCUCCCGUUUGGAGACUUAGAGGCUCGUGCGGACGAUGUCGGAUCCUCAAGCUCUGCUAAUGCCUCUGCCAACUUGGACAUCACCUGAAGGGGAUUCUUUAACUAGGAAACUAGUAGUUAGGCUCGUAGUGGACCGUCGUCCAUGGUCGGAUCAC